GUAAUGUUUCAGGAUUGCCUACUUUGGACAAAUGGAAAAUUCGCACUUGCGCAGUGGCAAGCAUGUUCUGAGAGAAACGGAUACAGGUCACCACUUUAAGAACUUAAAUAAAUACUCUGUAUGGAGGACCUUAAAAGAUCACUGAGGAUGCCUCUGUUUGGAAACACAUUUAGUCCUAAAAAGAUUCCUCCACGUAAAUCCGCCUCCUUGUCCAGCCUCCACACGUUGGAUCGUUCAACUCGAGAAAUAGAGCUGGGCCUUGAGUAUGGACCUCCUGUGAUGAACAUUGGAGGUCAGGUCUUGAAAUUUGAAGAGGGACAGUGGAUUACAGAAUCUGGUGGAAAUGUGUCUAAUAGGGAAGUUCAGCGGCUUAAGAAAAGAAAUAUCCAGCUGGAGGAGGAAAAUAACGUAUUAAAACUAAAGAUUGAACUUCUCCUGGAUAUGUUGACCGAGACUACGGUAGAGUAUCACCUGAUGGAGAAAGAAGUGGAAGAAGUCAAGACUCAACAUCGAAGGAAAAAGUGACAGAUCUGAUCUAGUGCCUCCAUUGAAUAAAGUGUUUUCUUCCAAGGAAACAUUUUUUGUAUCUAUAGAUAACAGGACAAAAGUAAAAAUAUCAUCCAUUUUCCUCACAAUGAGGAUUCUUGUGUUACAUCUCACUCUUUAUUUUCCAUUUACUGUAUGUGUUCUGUUUUUAAUUUGUUGAGUUAUUCCACCUUAAAAACCUUCUUUGGUCAAUACACAGCCUAUUUUCUAUGCUUUGUACAUUUGUAUGUGAUGUAAAACCUGCUUUUUAAUUUUAAUUUUUUCUAUUUUCUUUUUGGAUUAAAAGUAAACUAUUGACAAAAGGCA